AUGUACGCCAACGCCAGCCGCGUCGUCGCCCGCAGGGCCUUUUCCACCACCCGCGCCCGCCUCUCCUCGCCCUACCACUACCCCGAAGGUCCCCGAGGCAACCUCCCCUUCAACCCCAAGUCCAAGAGCUUCCCCUUCACCUUCUGGGGCAUCUGUGCUGUCGGCUUCGCCGCUCCCUUCGGCAUCGCUGUCUGGCAAACCUACAAGCCCAAGGCUUAA